UGUCCUGAUAUGUCCUUGGAAGAUCCAUACCAUAACCCGGAGGCGCAAGCGCUUUGGAGUCUGUUAAUGAAGCAAACGCUUUUUGUUUACUUGUGUUGUCAAACACCCUCCUCCAUCUUACAGUGAUUUGAUUUUUGGUGCUUUGGGUGCUUCGCAAUAAGCAGAAAGUCGUAGUGGAUUAGGUGAAGGUUUUCUUUUAAGCAAUGGAUGAUCCCGGAAGGAUGAUGGGACACACCGGGGCUGGUUUGAUGCCACCGCAGCCCUAUGGAAUGAACCCAGGGGAAGCCCCAGCGGGGGGCGACUCCGAGCCCCGAAAGCAAGAUAUCGGAGAGAUUCUUCAGCAGAUUAUGAACAUCACUGACCAAAGUCUGGACGAAGCACAGGCCCGUAAGCACACACUAAAUUGCCAUCGGAUGAAGCCCGCACUUUUUUCUGUGCUCUGUGAGAUCAAGGAGAAGACCGUUCUCUCGUUGCGCAACACACAAGAAGAGGAACCGCCAGAUCCGCAACUGAUGAGACUGGAUAACAUGCUCAUAGCUGAAGGUGUUGCUGGUCCAGAGAAAGGAGGAGGUGCAGGAGCUGCAGCGUCUGGUUCUGCAGCAGCUCAAGCUGGUCAGCCUGACAAUGCCAUUGAGCAUUCUGAUUACAGAGCCAAACUAGCACAAAUUCGCCAAAUCUACCAUCAGGAGCUUGAGAAAUAUGAGCAAGCUUGCAAUGAGUUCACUACUCACGUCAUGAAUCUCCUACGAGAGCAAUCUCGUACGCGGCCAAUUACGCCUAAGGAAAUUGAAAGGAUGGUGCAAAUUAUCCAUAAGAAAUUUAGCUCAAUUCAGAUGCAGCUUAAACAGUCCACAUGUGAAGCAGUUAUGAUACUCAGGUCACGCUUCUUGGAUGCCAGAAGGAAAAGAAGAAACUUUAGCAAACAAGCAUCGGAGAUAUUGAAUGAGUAUUUUUACUCACACCUAUCUAAUCCUUAUCCUAGUGAAGAAGCAAAGGAGGAGCUGGCUAGGAAAUGUGGUAUCACUGUAAGUCAAGUCUCGAAUUGGUUUGGAAACAAGCGCAUCAGGUAUAAGAAGAAUAUUGGAAAGGCUCAAGAGGAAGCUAACUUGUAUGCAGCAAAGAAAGCAGCUGGGGCUUCUCCAUACAGUGGUACCCCAACGCCUAUGAUGUCACCAGCACCCCCACAGGACUCAAUGGGUUACUCAAUGGGAUCUGCAUAUGAAAGCUCAGCAUAUGAUGCUAGCAGCUGUGGAUAUGACCCAAUGCAUCAACAAGAAUUAUCACCCUAAAUGAAAACAAAAGAGUUUGAAACUCUUGCUUUUGCUAACAACUAAAUACACAUGUAUACUGUUUAAUGUAUACCAUAAUUAUGUAUACUAAUAUUAAUUUUUAUUGUGCAUUAUCUGCUCUGAAAGCUCAGUGGAUCAAUCAGUUCUAAAACAUAAAAAAUUAUAUAUUUCUUCUAAAGAUAUAUCCAUUGAUGCUCUUAGGCAGCUCUUCAUUAUUAUUUUUUUAAGAUUUUUAACUUAAGUUUUAUGUUGUGAUAAGGAGUGGCUAGUAAUAAAUAGACUUCAUACAUA